AUGGCAGUGGCCCUGGGAGUCGGAAGCCCUGAGCCAGCGCCGCCGCUGCUAUAUAAGUGGGGGGGCCGCGGGUUGGGGGAGCCCGGCUGCGCUUUGGACCGGCGAGGAACCGCCACCUGAGGCGAGCAAGGGCGCCUCGGCCACCACCACCCCCCAACCCUUUCCCAGAGGUGAGAGCCCGCAGCCAGGAGCCCGAGAGCCUGGGUCUGCGAGGCGCGGGGCGCCCCGACUGUCGGCCUCCCGGCCAUCCGCGCGCCCCCAAGCCCAGCGGGCGAGGCCCCCGAAGCCCCGCAGCCGCAGUCGAGCCAUGCUCCACCUUAGCGAGUUUUCUGGCCCCGACGCGCUCCUGGUAAAGUCCACCGAGGGCUGUUGCUCUGAACCCAGUACCGAACUGACCCGGCUGCCCGCCAGGGACCCACCCGCAGCCGCCGGCUAUCCCGGAGCAGGUGACUUCUUGAGCUGGGCCUUGAGCAGCUGCGGCGCCGGGGGGGACUUAGCCGACUCCUGCUUCCUGGAGGGGCCUGCGCCCACGCCUCCUCCCGGCCUCAGCUACAGUGGUAGCUUCUUCAUCCAGGCAGUACCCGAACACCCGCACGAUCCGGAGGCACUCUUCAACCUCAUGUCGGGCAUCCUAGGCCUGGCACCUUUCCCGGGCGCUGAGGCGGCAGCAUCCCGGUCUCCUCUGGACGCCUCUUUUCCCGCAGGCUCCGACGCCUUGCUGCCGGGUCCGCCAGACCUUUUCUCCCCGGAUCUGGGCGCUACCGUCUUCCCAGAGGCGUUCUGGGAGGCCUCACCCUCGGCGGGCGCCCCCCCACAGUGCCUGUAUGAGCCUCAUCUCUCCCCACCCGACGUUAAGCCCGGCCUCCGGGCUCCUCCGGCUUCUCCUGCGCUGGACACUGCCCCGGCCUUCAAAGGUCCCUACGCUCCAUGGGAGCUGCUCUCAGCCGGGGCUCCAGGGAGCUGUGGGUCACAGGGAGGCUACCAGGGCGCCCCGGAGGCCCGUUUCCCCCCGAUGGGGGCCAAGAUUGAAGACCUGUUGUCCAUCAGCUGCCCCGCGGAGCUGCCGGCUGGCCCCUCCAGCAGACUGUACACGGCGGGGGCCUACGAUGCUUUCCCGCUGGCCCCGGGUGACUUAGGGGAGGGAACCGAGAGCCUCCCGGGGCUCCUGACCCCUACUAGUGGGGAGGGAGGGAGUAGCGGCGAAGGCGGAGAGUUUCUAGAUGGUACGCAGCCUGAGCUUUCCCCGCUGGGCCUCCGCAGCGCCGGGGCGGACUUCCCGAAACCUCUGGUGGCGGACCUCCCCGGGAGCAGUGGCGUGCCUGAGCCUGCAGGACCGCCGCCGGUCCCAUUCCCCCAGGCCAAGGCGCGGCGCAAGGGGCGCCGGGGCGGCAAGUGCAGCGCACGCUGCUUCUGCCCUCGGCCGCACGCCAAGGCAUUUGCUUGCCCGGUGGAGAGCUGUGUGCGCAGCUUUGCGCGCUCUGACGAGCUCAACCGCCACCUGCGCAUCCACACGGGCCACAAGCCGUUCCAGUGCCGCAUCUGCCUCCGCAACUUCAGCCGCAGCGACCACCUUACCACACACGUGCGCACCCACACAGGCGAGAAGCCCUUUGCCUGCGACGUGUGCGGCCGCCGCUUCGCGCGCAGCGAUGAGAAGAAACGGCACAGCAAGGUGCACCUCAAGCAGAAGGCGCGCGCCGAGGAGCGGCUCAAGGGCCUUGGCUUUUACUCGUUGGGCCUCUCCUUCGCUGCGCUGUGA